CUCAAGAGUUCAAUGUACCUACGAAGACGUAAAUUCCGCGAUGCCUUGGAAACACCAGUUUCAUCCUGGUGGUUCUUCUUCAGGGUGGCCGGUUCAUAAGAGGGCUUCUAAAUGUUAUAUCCCAUGCGUCUCCACCUCCGUCUACCAGAUGAUGAACAAAUGGCAUCAUGAGGGGUUGAAGGCCACGUGUCGUUUUCGGCCGAAAAAGGUGUGUCCCAAUUUGUCCGAAGAAAGCAGACGCUGAAGAGAAGGCGAUCAAUUCAAUCCUCUCGGCCCCUUUCCGAGCUACGGCAGCGCUUGAAUUCCGAGCUGCCGCUGCGGACGGCGAAAGAUAUGGUGGAGAGCAGCAACGACAGAUUCCGAUAGAAAGAACGUCCUCAGUGCGGAAUUGAGCAGCUGCAGAGAAUGCCAUACCGUCGAUAGUGACAGACGAGCUCCGGUGACACGCUCCGGAUAGGAGUGGCGAUUUCGUCCCGUGCUCCCAUGGCCGUAAUGGCUGGUCGGGUGGCGGAAUUGCUGGUUGCGACCUCUGUUCCGAGAAGGCCGAGCUCGCACUCGAGCCAGCACGUGAGCGCAAGUGGGAGGGCCAGGGCCAAAUGUGCAGCGAGCGCUGUGAGUUCGGGAGCUUGCUUACUCACAUCGUUCUGCCGUCCUCGGACGACGGGCAGCAGUGCAGGUCGAGCGAGGGCGAUCUUCGCAGGGGCGGGAGGCACUCCGGCGAGGGACGAGGAGACAUUGCUGAAGAAGAAGGCCGCGGAUUUAGCGCCUCAUUUGUCAGGGAGCAGCAUUUUCCUCGUGGGUAUGUCGAGAACGGACAAGUCCACCGUGGGCAAGCACCUCUCGCAGGCUCUCGGGUACUACUUCUUCGACAGCAUGGAAUUGGUGGAGACGGCUGCCGGAGACGCCGUGCGGGAGAUGAUCGAGCAAGAGCUUCUGGAUGCUGAGACGGAAGUUCUCAUGCAGCUGUCUCCCAUGGUUCGUCUGGUCGUUGCCACGGGAGAAGGUGCCGUAGUCAGUCCGCGGAACUGGAGCUAUUUGAGGACUGGAGUCACCGUCUGGAUCGAUGUGCCCGCGGAUCAUCUGAUUCAAACCAUCGCAGAAUCCGAGCCGCCUCCGGAGCUGGUGGAUGAUACGAGAAAAAUGCUGAGAGCGAGAGCAGAGUACUACGCUAAUGCUGAUGUCACUGUCUCCAUCGAGGAGCUUGCAGCCAAGAAGAACAUCGAUGAUUUGGCGUCACUCACUGCUCCCAUGGUCGCUCUUCACGUUCUCGAAGAGAUCGAUAGAGUUCUAAAGAAAGCGUAGAUUCUUACACAGGAUACUGAACAACCAAGACAUGGGGCAUGUCUGUCUUGUAGGGUAGAGUAGAUGGUGAGGAAGAGGUCAGCAAAUUGCUGAAUUUAUACUUGGACCACGUUGACGAUCGGACGAGGUGCGGCUCCUCUCAUUGUAUGGCACAUACCAAUGCAUGUGCAAGUGCUCGCAAUGUUCGUUACAUGAUUGUAGAGUCCGCCUCUGCGUGUCGCAGAGUAGGAGCCCACUCGGAUCAUGGGUAGCCCUCUCCUUCAUGUAAUUUACAGGCACAACAGAUUCGUAUAUGACUUGAAGCUCCUAAGAGACCUGGACUUUUUGUAUACUGUGGCCAGCUGUCAUCUUCCACCAUUGAACAGGCGGGGGCCUGAUACUAAUGUCUUAUCUGAGGACGUUGGAAAAGAUUCAAGCUCGAUUGCUGCAUCUCGGUAGAGGUCCGAAGAGCGCUAUGUUCCAAAACAUAUAUAUGAUUUAGACGUCUGUGGUUUAAGUUCCUAAUCACAAGCAACUUCCUCACUGAAGCAACUCUCUUUGCCCCAGUCAUGAGGACAGUACAACAGAAGUGCUCGAUCUGUAGAUGUGCAAUUGAGGAAUUUUGGUAUUU